AUGUCUUACAUCUACAAAAUCCACCAUAUCCCUACAUCAGACCCAACGCUCCUUGCCUUUCUCGCCGGCAAAUUCGCCGCUCUUCGUCUGACAGCCCUCUCAAUCUCCGCUGCAGCAUUUAGUUCCACGUUCGCCAUUGAAUCAACCUUCACAGCCUCUCAAUGGAUAAGCCGCCUUCAGCGUCCCGAAGUCCAUACGUUCAUUGCCGUGGCGUAUUCACCGAACACCAAACCGGAGCAAGAGACCAUUGAUGCCGGGGAUUGGGUUGGAAGUGCUACUUUGUUAGGACCUACCCCGAAAGACAUUUAUGAUAUUCCUGGAAGUGGAGGUCCUGAGAUCGGUGGAGAUGAUAUUGAGAGUAAAUGGCAGAUGUAUGCUGUUUACAAUAAUCCGGAGCAUCGAGGGAAGGGAAUCGCGAAGUUAUUGAUCAAAGGCGCUAUUGAAUAUGCUGCGAAGGAAGCCGGGGUGGGACGACAGAGUAGAGUUCGGAUUAUGAUCCAUCCUAAUAAUAUUUUGGUCAAAAAGCUUUAUGAUGGACUUGGAUUUGUGGACGCGGGCCAUUGCACUUUGUCAGAGGCCUUCUUGGCCACUGGCGAUUCUGGCUUGCUUCCAGCAGAUAGGGGUGCAAGUCAGCCAGAAAAGUACGAUGUUAGACUCGGGAUUAUAAUGGCGAGAGUUUCGUCUUUCGACGACUUGAGAUAG